GCCCGAAGGACUUGGGCUGGGUAACCCUGAAAGGAGAAGGGGAGGGAGCUUCUCCUUUCCCUUCCCCACCUCCCUUUUAUCAGCGAGGCCAGGCUCUCCUCCAGCUGAGGGGUGGCCUCUCUGGUGCCCGUUAUCAGCGCGUGAGAGUCCGCAAGAGCCCGUUGGGUUAAAGUGUAACCCCCCACACUCACACGUAAGGCACGCAGACACACACCCACUCCUGUUGUCGCCAGCUCAUCCUGGGGACGGGGCCCACCAUGGCCUCGCCGAGGAGGAGCGCGGGAGCCAAGCCUCCUGGGCAUCUGCCUGCACCUCCUGCCCUUUGGCCUGUCCUGCGCCCAGUACUUCCUGCUCUGGCUGCCUGCAGACCGGCCCUGCCUGGCCAGCGCCCUGGUCAAGGCUCUCCCCGUCCUCUCCCUGGCCUUUUUUUCCUGGAUCCAGGGAACGAGGAAAACCCUUCGGUCCCCUGGGUCCGCUUAGGCUGCUCCUCUCUGCCCUGGGGACAGCGUGCCUCAUCUGGCCCGAUGGCUUCAUCUAUGGGAUGGCCUCUUUCGCUCUGGCCCCACUGCCUGUACGUCCUGGGCCUUUGGCCUGCGCCCGGCCCGCCCGGGCCUGCUCCUCCCCGUCGGCCUGGUUUUCGGCGCUUGCUACGCCUUCGUUGUACCCUCACCUGCCUCCGGCCCUGGCCGUGCCGUGGGCCGGGUACGCGGCCAUCCUGGGCUGAUGGUCUGGCGGGUCUGGCCCUGGCCGGGCGGGGGCCGGACCCCGGCGCUCUGCUCUUCGCCUUGUCGGACUCGAUCCUGGCCCUGGACACCUUCGUCAGCCCCGUCCCGGCCGGCCGGGCCGUCAUCAUGACGACUUACUACGCCGCCAGUGCCUCCUGGCCCUCACGGUGGUGGAGCGCGGCGACCCGAGCCCCAAGGCGGACUGAACGAGGGAUGGGUCCCCACGAGGUGACCACCGUGGCUCCCUCCGGUGUCCCAAACUCAGGGCGGUCCCCUCCCACCAGACUGACCUCUCUCCGGCCUCGCCGUCCCCUUCUCCUCACGGGGCAUCUCGGACUCCGCCUCUUGCAAUAAAGCCUAGGGGAUGACUG